AUGGCUUUACCCACCCGCACCGAGUUCUAUCGCGACCAUCUGACACCUUGUCGCAUCCUCGCAGGCACCCCCAAGUUCGCAGACAUCGGUAUCUGCGUCGUCUGCCAAGAGGACUUCAACGAUGCGUCAUAUGACAUGGUCGCCGUCAAAAGCUGUUCGCACGUCUUCCACCGCAAGUGCAUCAUCCAAUGGACGGAGACCUGGGGCUCUCCACGCGACAAAUGCCCUUCGUGUAGGGUGUCGAUGUACCAGUACACCCCAAUGACGGCCCAUGAGAUCCAGGCCAUGCAAGAAGCGCAGGCAAUUCAAGACGCUGAGAGCCGGCUAUUAGAAUUGGGUCCGUACGCUGCAGCUAGAGAAGCUGAGCGCCUCUGGUUCGCGUCCAUGGGAGUUUCGGUCGAAGAUCUCCCCGCCUUUGACGACAUGACUGAACCGACACACUUUUCUGAUGAAGACGGCGAGGAGAUUGCGACGUCAUUGGACAUGGACGUCCAUCCGAAUUUGUCGCUGCAAGUCCCGACUUUCGCGGACUUUGGAAGCGCAUCGCCAGCAUACUCUCCAACGUUUCCAAUGUACUCCAACGCAUCACUAGGAGAAUCGCCCACAUCACCAGGAUACUCUCCCCCCUCUCCGCAAUUUCCUCCCACAUGGCCACUGUACUCUCAAUCGACGCCAUCAUAUUCCUCCGCGGUCCCGAUAUUCUCCGAUGCAUCGUUAGGAGAAUGGCCCAUAUCGCCAGCAUACCCUUCGUCAACGCCGGCUGUACGAGACGAAGGGAGUCAAACAAACUCGGAGGAGCCGGCACAACUGACGCAGAUGCGUGGACUCCUCUACAACGAGUUCACGAUAGUGAGAGAAGUCUCCAACGUCGCUGUUGUUCACACAGUCCUACCAUCCUUACCGAACACAUACCUUCCGGUGACCUACCACGGCAACAGCGAGUACCAGAUCGAGGCGACAGUACGUGGCGCGAUUGGAUACGUCUUGGUAGGUAGAACUGCGUUAUUUUACUCUUGA